CAAGGAUGUCCUUUUACACAAAGACGUAUGCGCAGCGCGCAGAAGCUCACCCCAGUCCAGCUGCCAAGCAGCUCCUGGAGACCAUCGAGCGCAAAAAGUCCAAUUUAUGUGUUAGCGUCGACGUAACCCGCAAGGCCGACUUCUUGGCCGUGAUAGACUUCGUCGGACCCUUUGUAUGUCUUGUCAAGACACACAUUGAUAUCAUUGAAGACUUCGACCACGACCUCGUCGAGCAGCUGCAAGUCCUCAGCAAAAAGCAUGACUUUCUCAUCUUCGAAGACAGGAAGUUUGCAGACAUAGGCAAUACCGUCUCCCUGCAAUAUUCCUCUGGCGUGCACAAAAUUGCCUCAUGGUCGCAUAUCACCAACGCCCACCCCGUUCCAGGGCCAUCCGUCAUUACGGGCCUGGCAUCUGUAGGAAAACCCCUCGGGCGGGGGCUUCUCCUUCUCGCGGAGAUGUCCACCAAGGGCAGCCUGGCAGUUGGCUCCUACACCGAAGAAGCCGUCAAAAUGGCUCGGGCAAACAAGGACUUUGUCAUAGGCUUCAUCGCACAGCGCCGGAUGGAUGGCGUUGGGCUGGCAGAUGGGGAAGAAGACGCAGACUUCCUCAUCCUCACGCCUGGAGUGGGCCUCGAUACGAAGGGCGACGGGAUGGGACAGCAAUACCGCACGCCCAGGCAGGUUAUUGUGGAGAGUGGUUGUGAUGUGAUUAUCGUUGGUAGGGGGAUAUACGGGAAUCCGAAGGCCUUGGACAGGGAUAGUGUGAGGAGUCAGGCGGAGAGGUAUAUGAAGGAGGGUUGGAAUGCAUAUCUGGAGAGGAUAGGAAAGAAUAACCAAACCUCGUAA